AUGAAGCUCAGAGCAAGACAGACACUGGGUACUACCCACAGGCAGUGUGAAGUUCUCCUUCUGUUGCUGCUGUUGGGCCCAGUGGUUGGUGUCCACCACAUACUUUCCCAAGAUUCGGCACAAAGGAGCAGAGCUGUGGGCUCUGGUACUUCAGUGGGAAGCAGCAGGCUGAGCCUGUGGACCCUUUCAGGCAGGUUCCUGUUUCAGAUCAUCCCACGGGGAGCAGGUCCCAGGUGUUGGCCCCAUAGGCUUCCAUCUGAGUCCCAGUUAUGGUAUGUCUUUGGUGGUGGGACCCAGCUCACAAUCCUAGGUCAGCCCAAGUCUGACCCCUUGGUCACUCUGUUCCUGCCUUCCUUAAAGAAUCUCCAGGCUAACAAGGCCACACUAGUGUGUCUGGUGAGCGAAUUCUAUCCAGGUACUUUGGUGGUGGACUGGAAGGUGGAUGGGAUACCUGUCACUCAGGGUGUAGAGACAACCCAACCCGUCAAACAGACCGACAACAAGUACAUGGCCAGCAGCUACCUGACACUGAUAUCUGACCAGUGGACGUAUCACAGUAGAUACAGCUGCCGGGUCACUCAUGAAGGAAACACUGUGGAGAAGAGUGUGUCACCUGCUGAAUGUUCUUAG